AUGGUGUUCCGGUUGAUCGUGGUCAUCAGCUCGUCCAUCCUCCGCAAAAAUCUCUACCAGCAGGUGAACGCUGAUGGUGUUCCGGUUGAUCGUGGUCAUCAGCUCGUCCAUCCUCCGCAAAAUCUCUACCAGCAGGUGAACGCUGAUGGUGUUCCGGUUGAUCGUGGUCAUCAGCUCGUCCAUCCUCCGCAAAAUCUCUACCAGCAGGUGAACGCUGAUGGUGUUCCGGUUGAUCGUGGUCAUCAGCUCGUCCAUCCUCCGCAAAAUCUCUACCAGCAGGUGAACGCUGAUGGUGUUCCGGUUGAUCGUGGUCAUCAGCUCGUCCAUCCUCCGCAAAAUCUCUACCAGCAGGUGAACGCUGAUGGUGUUCCGGUUGAUCGUGGUCAUCAGCUCGUCCAUCCUCCGCAAAAUCUCUACCAGCAGGUGAACGCUGAUGGUGUUCCGGUUGAUCGUGGUCAUCAGCUCGUCCAUCCUCCGCAAAAUCUCUACCAGCAGGUGAACGCUGAUGGUGUUCCGGUUGAUCGUGGUCAUCAGCUCGUCCAUCCUCCGCAAAAUCUCUACCAGCAGGUGAACGCUGAUGGUGUUCCGGUUGAUCGUGGUCAUCAGCUCGUCCAUCCUCCGCAAAAUCUCUACCAGCAGGUUGUUUUAUUUGAAAACAAUAAUCGAGUC